AUGGCAUUUGACACGCUUCUUUUAUGCGGAUUCCUAAUCAUCUCAUGUUUUUGGAUUACGGUAUGCGGAGGAAAGAAAAAGAAAAACCAAAAGAAACCACCAGGAAAAUCAACGGAAACAGCAAAGCCGCUAGUUGUUCCUGACAAUAAGGCGGAUAAAAGUAAAAAAUCGGCAAAAUCGAAUAAGAAACCAGAAGAAAAGAAAGAAGACAAAGCAUCCGAUGGAAAUCAGGGAGGGCCUGAAAAACCACACAUUUCUGCUGAUCCACCAGGUCCACUUAUUUUCAGAGCGGACCAAUCUGCUCAAUCGAAAGUGACACUGAAAAAUAUUCAUGACAAGAAAGUCAUGUUCAAGCUCAAGUUGUCAGAUAAUGUUGCAUUCCAAGUGAAUCCAGUCUUCGGAGUUUUGGAACCAGGAAAAACGAUUGAUGUCGCUGUAACCCAUCGAAAAUCGGCACCGAAAGAGGGCAAAAUGGUUAUUGUGAAUACAGUGUUGACUGGGGACGAGAAGAAGGUCGCCGAAUUGUUUAAGCAGGUCACCAAGCCAACUGGAGGACUUGUCACUGUUAAAUGGAUAGCAAAGUGA